UAUAUUAAUCUGUGCAACAGAGGGCAUGAAGUUUUGUGUAUUUGCAACCUAGUCCCUUCAUUCUCCUGUUCUUGGUUUUGAAAAUCCAUCCCUUUCCCAAUACUUUUAGCUUAAAAACAUUAGUAAAACUGAUAAUGAUAGCGCGUGUGCUCUUUUUGCAAUGAGGGUCAUUAGUUUUCUGUCCUUAAUUUCAAAUUGAAAAAAAAAAAAAGAAAGGAAGUUUCAGCUUCAGCACUGAAGCAGCUUUACUGUGUGGAUUUGGAAAAGAAAAAUGGGGUUGAAGAUAGGAAGCAGGUCAGGAGCGUACAAGGCUGCUGGUGCAAAUGGUGUGUCCAGUAAAUGGGUCUCUGUGCUUUGCAUUGCCAGCUUCUGCUUAGGUGUUUUUGUUGUCAGCAGGUUAUUGACAGUGCCUGGUCCUGUUAGAACUGUGGAGGAUGCUAUAUCUGAGGACCAUAAGUCACAGGAACUUCGUCCUCUUCUUAAGUGUGAGAAAAAGGAUACUUCUCUGGUCGCAGGAGAUAUCCUCUCCCAAGUUUCCAAAACACAUGAUGUCAUCAUGGCAUUGGACAAAACCAUAUCUUCUCUGGAAAUGAAGCUCGCUGCCGCCAGAUCUGCUAAAGCAGAAAAAGAAGAAAGAUCUACUGCUGAUAGGAAACCAGUAAUUGAACCUUUGAAUAACCGCCCUAAGGUUUUCUUUGUAAUGGGAAUCAUCACUGCUUUCAGCAGCAGAAAGCGCAGGGAUUCAAUUAGGGAAACUUGGAUGCCUCAAGGGGAGGAUCUAGGAAAGUUGGAAAAGGAGAAGGGCAUCAUUAUACGGUUUGUGAUAGGGCACAGUGCAACCCCCGGUGGAGUCUUGGAUCGUGCUAUAGAUGCUGAGGAUGCACAACAUAAUGAUUUCUUACGACUGAAUCACGUGGAAGGAUAUCAUGAGCUGUCCUCUAAGACUCAAAUAUACUUUUCAACUGUAGCGGCAAAGUGGGAUGCUGACUUCUUUAUUAAAGUUGAUGAUGAUGUACAUGUCAAUCUGGGUGUUGUAGGUUCAAUUUUAGACCGUCAUCGAUCUAAACCUCGUGUGUAUAUUGGUUGCAUGAAAUCUGGACCUGUUCUCUCACAGAAAGGAAUGAAGUACCAAGAACCAGAAUACUGGAAAUUUGGUGAGGAGGGAAAUAAGUAUUUUAGGCAUGCAACCGGACAAAUAUAUGCGAUCUCCAAGGAUUUGGCUACCUACGUAUCGAUCAAUGGACACAUUCUCCAUAGGUAUGCAAAUGAAGAUGUUUCUCUUGGCUCUUGGUUUAUUGGGCUUGAUGUUGAACAUAUUGAUGAACGAAGUUUGUGCUGUGGAACACCCCCAGACUGCGAGUGGAAGACCCAAGCAGGGAACACUUGUGCUGCAUCAUUCGAUUGGAGCUGUAGCGGAAUUUGUAAAUCAGUAGAAAGGAUGGAAGAGGUCCACCAGCGAUGUGGAGAGGGCAAUGGAGCAAUAUGGCAUACCAGCUUCUGAAAAAUAUGAUUAUUGCUUAAUUCUUUUCUUCGUUACUCCAAUUGUAAUAUAAAUUUUGUGAAUGCAUGCAGUAGGUAGCAACAAGAAGCAUGUGGUGAGUACACAUGAAUUGGCCCAAUUUUUUGUUUAUCAAAGCCAUGUGACUUGAAAUCUGUAAUGUUCACUAACUUAAUCAAGCGAAUUGAAACUUUUUAGGCAAAAAAGUAGUUGAUGGAA